CCCGGGGUCAUCGUGGAGCAGGGUCAGGGGCCCAGCAAGCUGUUUGUGAGCACCGCCGUGGACGGCAAGUCUGAGUACUUCCCCACCCUGAGCUCCCGCAAGCUCAUCAGUGACGAGGACAGUGCCGACAUGUUUAGUCUGGUGUACCAGGAUGAGUUUGUCUCCUCGCAGAUCAAGAUCCCCUCGGACACCCUGUCCUUGUACCCCGCCUUUGACAUCUAUUACAUCUACGGCUUCGUGAGCGCCUCCUUCGUGUACUUCCUGACGCUGCAGCUGGACACCCAGCAGACGCUGCUGGACACAGCGGGCGAGAAAUUCUUCACGUCCAAGAUCGUGCGCAUGUGCGCCGGGGACUCGGAGUUCUACUCCUACGUGGAGUUUCCCAUCGGCUGCUCCUGGCGCGGCGUGGAGUACCGCUUGGUGCAGAGUGCGCACCUGGCCAAGCCCGGCCUGCUGCUGGCCCAGGCCCUGGGUGUGCCGGCUGACGAGGACGUCCUCUUCACCAUCUUCUCACAGGGCCAGAAGAACCGGGCCAGCCCGCCCCGGCAGACCGUGCUCUGCCUCUUCACCCUCAGCACCAUCAAUGCUCACAUCCGGCGCCGCAUCCAGUCAUGCUAUCGGGGGGAGGGCACCCUGGCCCUGCCCUGGCUGCUCAACAAGGAGCUGCCCUGCAUCAACACUCCCAUGCAGAUAAAUGGGAACUUCUGCGGGCUGGUGUUGAACCAGCCGCUGGGCGGCCUGCACGUGAUCGAGGGGCUGCCCCUGCUGGCGGACAGCACUGAUGGCAUGGCUAGUGUGGCCGCCUACACCUACCACCAGCACUCCGUGGUCUUCAUCGGCACACGCAGCGGCAGUCUGAAGAAGGUCCGAGUUGAUGGCUCCCAGGACGCCCACCUGUAUGAGACCGUGCCCGUGGUGGACGGCAGCCCCAUACUACGAGACCUGCUCUUCAGCCCCGACCACCAGCACAUCUACCUCCUGAGUGAGAAGCAGGUGAGCCAGCUCCCUGUGGAGACGUGUGAGCAGUACUCGAGCUGCGCGGCCUGCCUGGGCUCCAGGGACCCGCACUGUGGCUGGUGUGUGCUGCAGCACAGAUGCUGUCGAGAAGGGGCCUGUCCGGGCGCCUCAGCCCCGUAUGGCUUUGCGGAAGAGCUGAGCAAGUGUGUCCAGGUGCGGGUCCGGCCCAACAACGUGUCAGUGACAUCGCCCGGGGUGCAGCUGACCGUGGCCAUGCGCAAUGUGCCAGACCUCAGCGCAGGCGUGAGCUGUGCCUUCGAGGAGGUGGCGGAGAACGAGGCCGUCCUGCUGCCCUCCGGGGAGUUGCGCUGCCCCUCGCCCUCUCUCCAGGAGCUCCGGGCUCUCACCAGGGGACAUGGGGCCACGCGCACUGUGCGGCUGCAGCUGCUCUCCAAGGAGACAGGUGUGCGGUUCGCCGGGACCGACUUUGUCUUUUACAACUGCAGCUUCCAUCAGUCGUGCAUGUCCUGCGUUGGCAGCCCUUACCCCUGCCACUGGUGUAAGUACCGCCACGUGUGUACCAGCCACCCCCACGAGUGCUCCUUCCAGGAGGGCAGGGUCCACAGCCCCGAGGGCUGCCCUGAGAUCCUGCCCAGCGGGGACCUCCUGAUCCCAGUGGGUGUCAUGCAACCCCUUACCCUGCGGGCCAAGAACCUGCCGCAGCCGCAGUCAGGCCAGAAGAACUACGAGUGCGUGGUCCGGGUCCAGGGGCGGCAGCAGCGUGUGCCCGCUGUGCGCUUCAACAGCAGCAGCGUGCAGUGCCAGAACGCCUCGUACUCCUAUGAAGGUGACGAGUAUGGUGACACUGAGCUGGACUUCUCUGUGGUCUGGGAUGGAGAUUUCCCUAUCGACAAGCCUGCCACCUUCCGAGCUAUCCUGUAUAAAUGCUGGGCACAGCGACCCAGCUGCGGCCUCUGCCUCAAGGCCGACCCCCGCUUCAACUGUGGCUGGUGCAUCUCGGAGCACAGGUGCCAGUUGCGUGCCCACUGUCUGGCCCCCAAGACCAACUGGAUGCACCCGAGCCAGAAGGGCACCCGCUGUAGCCACCCCCGCAUCACCCAGAUUCACCCACUCAUGGGGCCCAAGGAGGGAGGCACCCGAGUCACCAUCGAGGGUGAGAACCUAGGCCUCACCUACCGAGAGGUAGGCCUUCGGGUGGCCGGCGUGCGUUGCAAUUCCAUUCCCGCUGAGUACAUCAGCGCCGAGAGGAUCGUGUGUGAGAUGGAGGAGUCGCUGGUGCCCAGCCCACCGCCGGGGCCCGUGGAGCUGUGUGUAGGCGACUGUUCUGCCGACUUCCGCACGCAAUCAGAGCAGCUCUACAGCUUUGUGACCCCGACAUUCAACCGUGUGCGUCCCAGUCGGGGCCCAGCUUCUGGGGGCACGAGGCUCACCAUCUCUGGAAGUUCUCUUGAUGCCGGCAGCACGGUCACAGUGAUCGUGAGAGAUGGCGAGUGCCAGUUUGUGAGGAGGGAUGCCGAAGCAAUCGUGUGUAUCUCGCCCGUUUCCACCCUGGGCCCCAGCCAGGCCCCCAUCACCCUGGCCAUUGACCGUGCUAACAUCUCCAGCCCCGGAGUUCUCUACACCUACACCCAGGACCCUACUGUCACUCGCCUUGAGCCCACCUGGAGUAUAAUCAACGGAAGCACUGCCAUCACUGUCAGUGGGACCCACCUGCUGACAGUCCAAGAGCCCCGGGUCCGGGCCAAGUACCGAGGCAUCGAGACCACCAAUACGUGCCAGGUUAUCAACGACACUGCCAUGCUGUGUAAGGCCCCUGGCAUCUUCCCGGGGCGGCCCCAGCCACGGGCCCAAGGCGAGCACCCUGAUGAGUUUGGUUUCCUGCUGGACCAUGUGCAGACAGCCCGCUCCCUCAACCGGUCCUCCUUCACCUACUACCCUGACCCCAGCUUUGAGCCACUUGGGCCCUCCGGCGUCCUGGAUGUCAAACCUGGCUCCCACGUGGUGUUGAAGGGCAAGAAUCUGAUCCCCGCAGCAGCGGGCAGCUCCCGCCUCAACUACACCGUGCUGAUUGGGGGCCAGCCAUGUGCACUCACCGUCUCGGACACGCAACUCCUGUGUGACUCACCCAGCCAGACGGGCCGGCAGCCUGUCAUGGUGCUGGUGGGCGGCCUGGAGUUCUGGCUGGGCACCCUGCACAUCACGGCCGAGCGGGCGCUGACCCUGCCGGCCAUGGUGGGGCUGGCGGCCGGGGGCGGGCUCUUGCUGCUGGCCAUCACCGCUGUGCUGGUCGCCUACAAGCGCAAGACUCAGGAUGCAGACCGCACGCUCAAGCGGCUCCAGCUCCAGAUGGACAACUUGGAGUCCCGCGUGGCUCUGGAAUGCAAGGAAGCCUUUGCUGAGCUGCAGACAGACAUCAACGAGCUGACGAACCACAUGGACGUGGUGCAGAUCCCGUUCCUGGACUACCGGACCUAUGCCGUGCGCGUGCUCUUCCCAGGCAUCGAGGCCCACCCGGUGCUCAAGGAGCUGGAUACGCCCCCUAAUGUCGAGAAGGCUCUGCGCCUGUUCGGGCAGCUGCUGCACAGCCGCGCCUUCGUGCUCACCUUCAUUCACACGUUGGAGGCCCAGAGUAGCUUCUCCAUGCGGGACCGCGGCACCGUGGCUUCGCUCACCAUGGUGGCCCUCCAGAGCCGCCUCGAUUACGCCACGGGGCUGCUCAAGCAACUGCUGGCAGACCUCAUCGAGAAAAACCUUGAGAGCAAGAACCAUCCAAAGCUGUUGCUGCGCAGGACGGAGUCAGUGGCUGAGAAGAUGCUUACCAACUGGUUCACGUUCCUGCUGCAUAAGUUUCUGAAGGAGUGCGCGGGGGAGCCGCUCUUCCUGCUCUACUGCGCCAUCAAGCAGCAGAUGGAGAAGGGCCCCAUCGACGCCAUCACGGGCGAGGCUCGCUACUCCCUGAGUGAGGAUAAACUCAUUCGGCAGCAGAUUGACUACAAAACGCUGACCCUGUACUGCGUGUGCCCGGAGGAGUGAGGCAGCGCUAGGUCCCCGUGAAGGUUCUUCAACUGUGACAGCAUCCACCCAGGCCAAAGACAGCUGCUGGGAUGCGUGGUAACAAGGCAUCCUCUACUCCAGCGUCCAGCCGAGGACAUGGACCUCCCCUGGGCUCCUCACCGCCUGCGCUGCCCCCUUUGUCUCUGGGGUCUCCAGGUGACAGAUGGCUCCUUGGUGGCACUGGUGCCCAAACAAGUGUCCGCCUAUAACAUGGCCAACUCCUUCACCUUCACCCGCUCCCUCAGCCGCUACGAGAGCCUGCUUCGCACGGCCAGCAGCCCCGACAGCCUCCGCUCUCGGGCGCCCAUGAUCACGCCUGACCAGGAGACGGGCACCAAGCUGUGGCACCUGGUGAAGAACCACGACCACGCUGACCACCGCGAGGGGGACCGUGGCAGCAAGAUGGUCUCCGAGAUCUACCUGACGCGGCUACUGGCCACCAAGGGCACGCUGCAGAAGUUCGUGGACGACCUCUUUGAGACGGUGUUCAGCACGGCGCACCGGGGCUCGGCCCUGCCCCUGGCCAUCAAGUACAUGUUCGACUUCCUCGAUGAGCAGGCCGACCAGCGCCAGAUCAGUGACCCUGACGUACGCCACACCUGGAAGAGCAACUGCCUGCCCCUGCGCUUCUGGGUGAAUGUGAUCAAGAAUCCGCAGUUUGUGUUCGACAUCCACAAGAGCAGCAUCACGGACGCCUGCUUGUCGGUGGUGGCCCAGACCUUCAUGGACUCCUGCUCCACGUCCGAGCACCGCCUGGGCAAGGACUCACCCUCCAAUAAGCUGCUCUAUGCCAAGGACAUCCCGAACUACAAGAGUUGGGUGGAGAGGUACUACCGGGACAUUGCCAAGAUGGCAUCCAUCAGUGACCAGGACAUGGACGCCUACCUGGUGGAGCAGUCCCGCCUCCAUGCCAGCGACUUCAGUGUCCUAAGCGCGCUCAGUGAGCUCUACUUCUAUGUCACCAAGUACCACCAGGAGGUUCUCACCGCCCUGGACAGAGACGCCUCGUGUCGGAAGCAUAAGCUGCGCCAGAAGCUGGAGCAGAUCAUCAGCCUCAUGUCCAGCAACAGCUAAGGGUGGCGAAGCCGGUGAGGAGGGGGCUUCCCGGUCCUGGGUCGUCGUCCUGUCGAGAGGGGGGGCUCACGCCUGGGGCUCAGGGCUGAGCCCGGGAUUGGGUGGCGCAGGCCAGGUCAGCGGGCCAAUAUGCCCCCGAACCCCCUUCAUUAGUGCCUUGCUUUGGGCCCUGCAGGCGGGGAGGGGGUGACAGGACCUAGCCCCCCACCCCAGCAGCAGCAAUACCCCCAGCCUCCUGCCCUUGUGCCCAGGUGUGUGACAGCCCCUGCCCCCCUUACUAUUUAUACCCCCAACCACCUAUUUAUUUAAUUUAUCUCUGCCUCACUGCCUCCAUCUGUAAAUACCGCCCCCCCGCCCCGCCCCCCCGGGAUGUUGCCACCCUCAUUCUCUUCCUUGAGUUGUCCUGAUCCUGUGACACCAUCAGCCUUGGCACCUCGCCCUCGCCAUGGCCUCGGCACCAGCAGCGCUUGGGGUGAUGCACCCUAAGCUGCCCUCGGACUGUGGCUGUGCCAAGGGGUCCCCUGCAGCGGGACCACAGCGUCCCCCUCCAAACCUCUUGGGACUUGGACUGCGCAUCCUCAAGGGGCCCCGUUCUCUCCAAGCACCUGAGAGCUGUAACUAGACGUUCAUUCCGGGGCCUGACCUGGGCCUGGGCUCCAGAACUUUCUCCCGGCCCUACUGCCAAACCUCCUUCAGUGUUGUCUGACUUGCCUUUGGACCCUCAUCCUCAGCUGCCCUGUCCUGCGCCCGCCCCGAGGGGCCGAGGCGGCAGUGCCUUACUCCUUUGUGUUUCUGCCUCUUUCGAGGAAUCUGGCCCCAUCUCGAGGUCCCGGAAACCCCACUCUCUCCUCUUUUGUUGCAUGAGUUUUCCUUUGUUCAUGUACAUUUUUUCCUAAUUAAAC